GAAGCUCAAACCUCAAACACCUUGGAAAUUACUGUACAGAAACGUUCUUGUCAAAAUUGUACGUUGUAUAAUAUUAUAGGAAAUAUUGUAAGCGAAGAUAGAGAGGCAUACUAGUAUUCAAAAUGCGCUUUGAUCUGAAGGAAUUGCUACUGGUUUCCAUGUCCAGCAGUCAAAAUGGAGCCAUAUGUCGCCACAAGAGAUUCAAAUUCGGCAAAGUGAGCUACCUGGUGCACUACGAGCUGCACCAGGGAAAGCUGACUAUCCGCCAGGUGAAGAGGAUUCGACGCACUCCCUCCUUAAGCAGUCGUCUGCAAAAGCGGCGUCGUCGUCUGAACGGAGGAAGUGCACCCACAGCGGGCGUCCAGCCACCACGGCAAGUUGCAGGAGAAGAUGGCAUCCAUCGUAAGUCCAUAGCCGUGGGCAUGGAGCUGCUGAUGCAGAGCACCACCAGCCAAACGCAGGCCCAGGAGUGGUCCAUCAGCCAGGUGGACACCUCGGACCUGGUCAGCACCAUCACCAGGGAUGCACAGACCCAUGAGCACGUGCAGCAGCUUACAAGCAUAGCUGUGGGCACAGAAGUAGAGCUGGACAGCAGCGCCAGCCAAACGCUGCUCCAAGAGUCCACAUCCAGCAAUGUGGACACCACCGACUUGAUCAUAACCAUUGCCAGGGAUCAGCAGACCUUCCAUCCCCACCAUGUGACCCUUGCCAGCCAAACGGAUACACACGACCAGCAUUGCAACACCACCCAAACAGAUCUUAGCAACAAGACCACCAACACGCAGACCAAGCUGGCCAAGCUGUCCUGCCUGGGCACCCAAACGAUGGUUCACUGUACCACUGCCACGGUGCAAACCAAGAGACACCGCCAACACAUGGGCACACAGACCAUCGACGACGAGGAGGAGCUAAUCAAGCCCCAUCUGCAGGCCCUGUACCUCAUCCAUGAUUCCAUCAAGAACCAGAGCAACCUCAUCCAGAAUGAGGUGCUGGAAGCCGUCAAUCAACUGGUUGAUAUCAGCCUGCUCCAGGUGAAGCAAAUGCGCGUGGAGUUGGACCUGCCCAGGGAGGCGUCCUUGGAGCCAAUGACACCCAUUCCGUCGAGCCAGAUCGGGGAUAAUCAGCCAAAGGAGAGUUCCUCGGCCAAGAAUGACUCAUUCAAAUUGGAGCCCAAGUACAGGAUUAUAAGAGUCGUCAAGGACAAGAGGAGUUCCGUGGGUCGCUCGUGGAACUGUACGAAGAAGUGCAAGGGCUGUGGUCUGCACAUGCACCGCACCAGGCACCGGGUGACCAGCGAAAACCAAGGAACCCAGACGGAAGUGGAGACGAAGGACGCGGUGGUCAGGAGCGAGGUGGCGACGCAGACGGAAAGGGAGCGAGCACGCUGGACCAUGAAGCGCAUCUAGAGAGGAUUGCGCACAGUCCUGGGCACUUACCCCAGCAGCCAGGCCGCCGUUCUCAUCCAGCUUGGACUCAUGUUGAUGAACUUGUGCUUCCUGAUUGACACUUUUAGCAUGUGGCAAGCGACGAUUUCAAGUAAACGCAAUCGAAUCACAA